ACAUAAUAACUGCUAUAAAAUCGCCAUUCUGAAAAUUACACAUGAAUUCUUCAAUCUUUAGUCGGCUGACCAAUUAUACGAUAGCACUUCCAGUAUAUUGACAUCGACCGGUAAAAUGGCACGCACUGGAAUAUUGCUGGUGGCAAUAGCGCUGUCGUCAUUUGCGUUUUCUUUGGCCGAUGGACGCUUCCUUCAGCCCAAAAGCCAGCAAACGUCAUUUCUAUGCACCGUCGCAUUUGCUGGUCAAUCACCGGCAUGUUGUACUUGGGCACCCUACACCGCGCUGACCGAUACCAUUGGCUCAACAGAAUGGGAAAAGCCCAUUGGGAUGAGCAACUUCCAGCCGUCCACGCAUCCUGAGCAGCUAGCUCAUGACUCUUCCAUUAAAACACUGUUUUCUGUCUGCGACAAUCAAGCCGGUUCAUCUAGCCGUUCGGCCACAUACCAAAGCAAGGGUGGUUUGUAUGGCAAUGGUCAACCAAUUCGGCUGCAGUUUUGGUACAAGAUUGCCGAAGAAAUACUUAAUGCUAAGUUGGAAAUUUCUACCGUCACCAAGCCAAGAGGACUUAACAGAAUAUGGAGCAGCUCGACACUCCAAAGCCAGUGGGCCUUGGGCGAAGUUAUUAUCCAAGAAAGUGAACUUUACCAAAUCAGAUUUACGGCAAGGCACACCUGCAUCACCUCCAUUUGGCUUUCAGGCAUUACUGCUCAUAAAAUGGAACGCAGCAAUAACGAUGACUGCCUGCCUACAACUACCACCACCACGACCACUACAACAACGCCGACAACUACCACUACCACAACAACGACAACCACGGAAAAAGUGUAUCCUCCACCUACUCUGACCAUGCGCGUGAAGCGCUACAGAUAUGACAGCAAAUGUGAUCCAUGGAUUCACGCUAAUGCCGGUAGAUGUGAUCCACGAUUCGAUAUUGUGUACACGUGGAUUGGCACCGAUGGCCGAACAAUGACGCAUAAGCAGUACUACAACGCCGGUGACGAUUUGAUUGAGGUCAAUUUCCCAGAGUCCGUGAAACAUGCGGCUCUGGUGCAAAAAGGUAGUGCGGCUCGCGUAAGAAUCGUGGCAGAAGACGAAGACGAUGUUGGAAGUAACGACCAUAUUGGAACCUUUGACUUUUUAUAUAUUGUGCCAAAUGAGCCGGAACCGCCAAGAACCGAAACACGACAGUCUAACGGAGCGGAAAUGUCCGUAGAAUACACAGCGGUCUUCCAGUAAUGUACCACCAGCAUCAGCAUAAAUGUUUUAAUAAAAUAUAAUCUGUUGCUUCAAUGCAGACUAAUGGCUACCUGAUUACUGUAUCUGGGGCACCAGAGUUCUUUGAAUCGUGUCGUAUACCUGUUCAAUUUCUCUGUUGGCAUCAACCUAAAAUUUCCACUGUUCAGUAACAGGACCACAAAUCAAUGGCGCAGCACUGGUGGCGUAGCUCUACUUAUGGUUAGACUUAGCGUUACCCUGAUAAUAAACUGUUGCAUUUGCAUGUCCUUU